AUGGGGCUGAGGGUCACUCACUACUACAUCUUUGUUAUAAUGUUAACCAAAGGUGUCAGCAGUCAUGAGAUCAGACUGGACCAGUCUCCUGCUGUGGUAAAGAGACCUGGAGAAACUGUGAAGAUCUCUUGUAAGAUAAGUGGAUAUUCAAUGACAAGCUACUACAUGCACUGGAUACGACAGAAACCAGGGAAAGCUCUGGAAUGGCUUGGCUGGAUGAAUACAGGCAAUAAUCGAAGAACACAUGCAGAGUCUGUGAAGAACCAGCUCACCUUAACAGAAGACGUCUCAGCAAGCACACAGUACUUAGAGACCAAGAGUCUGAGGACAGAGGACACUGCAGUUUAUUACUGCACCCGAAGUGACUACGGUGCUUUUGAUUACUGGGGAAAAGGAACGAUGGUGACUGUGACUUCAGCUGUGCAAGGCCCCCCGCAGUCCCUGUUUCCACUUUGGCAGUGCGACCCGUCCAAGGACGGUUACAUCACUCUUGGCUGUGUCACUCGCGAUUUGGCCUCCGCCGACGGACUGACCUUCAGUUGGAAAGAUCCCAGCGGGAACGCGAUAACCGACGUCGUGCAAUACCCGGCGGUGCGUGCGAACGGAGGUUAUACCUCUGUGAGCCACGUGCGCGUCAAGUUUGCCGAAUGGGACCAGCAGAAGCAGUACAAGUGCAAAGUCGAAAACAGCAAAGGAGAAAAGGAAGCGCCCUUGAGAAAGCCAGACGAGGAUGUGACUAAGCCCAACAUCACCACCAGCAGCAGGACGACAAGCAAUGGUGUUAAUCUGCUUUGUUGGUUGACUGGUUUUCAUCCUAAAGCAAUUGGUAUUAAGUGGUACCAAGAUACGUCACUGCUUAAGGAAGAAAAACCCCUGCAGACCUUCGAGACUUCCAGAGGUAGACAAAAGGAGUUUGCUGUACUGAGCCAAAUCACAGUUGAUGCACAGACAUGGAACAAAGGCACAAAAUUCAAUUGUGAGGUCAGACACAAGUCUGGGGCGUACAAUCAAACUUUCAGCAAAUGUGAAGAUAAAUUAAUAAUGCUACCACAGAUUCGUCUGGAGAAACCCAGUCUCAAGUCAGUUUUGGAAGAAAAAACUGUUGCAGUCUCCUGUUUUGUUGAAACUGACUUGAACCCUGAAGUGUCAUGGCAUGUAGAUGGACAAAAAAUGAUCCAGCAAAUCAAUACCGUGAUAGAGCAAGGGACCACAGUUAGCAAUCUGACCAUGAAUGCAUUCAAAUGGAAACAAUUGCUGACAGUAAAGUGCAAAGCUGAACAUUCAUGUUUCCCUUUUGCAAUAGAAAAGGAGAUCGUUUUUACAGAACCUCAGAAAACUCCUACAGUGGUUAUCAGGAGGAAUCUUGCAGACAUACAGAAGGAACACACCAUAGUGUUGGAGUGUGCCGCAACAGAUCUGCCCUCUGGUGAGCUCUUGGUCACCUUCCAGGCCAACGGCAUCAAGUUAUCUCAAGAUCAGUACGUGGAUCUGCCCCAAGGCCUGGACUCUCUGACUAGACAAGUCACUGUUCCUAUACAACAACCAACCACAGAUAAAAGGUUUACCUGCCAGAUUGAAAACCAGUCUCGACGGUGGAAAUCUGAUUCUACAGGAAACAUUUUUGGUGACCCUUCAGUGGUACUUUCAGUUGUUUCCGGUGUGGAUACAAAAGGAUCAGAGACUCAAAAACUUCUUUGCUCUGGAAUUGGACUUAACCCAAAAAUCACUUGGAACCCUGCAGCUGGGAAUAAUGCUCAUAUCGCCAGAACAAUGGAAGCAGAUGGCCGUGUUAAAGUGGUCAGUGAGAUAACUGUUCCACAGCCAGACUGGAAUAAUGGAAAUACAUUUACCUGCCAAGUCAAGGAUCCUACUAGCAACCAAUUUUUCAAGAAGAACACCAGUAUUUGCUCAGUGACUCCAGAUUUUGCUCAGAAGGCACAGGUCUACAUUCUAGCACCAUCCAUCAGUGAUUUGAAAGCGAAUAAUAAUAAUAAUAAUAAGGUUUCUGUCACCUGUCUGCUGCUGGGCCACAGGCUCAAUGCCUUUUCCAUUACUUGGAAAGUAGAAAAUGCCAUUUCCACUCAGGAUGUGACCAGAGAGGCUCCCAGAGUCCACAUCAAUGGAACAGAGAGUCUCCAAAGUGUCCUAAAGGUUCAGACUACAGAAUGGAACAAUUACAAGACUGUUUCUUGUGAGGUCAAACACUUCUGCUCCAAAGACUCAAAACAAUACAACAUCUCCAAAAUCAGAGAACCUCAGAAAACUCCUACAGUGGUUAUCAGGAGGAAUCUCGCAGACAUACAGAAGGAACACACCAUAGUGUUGGAGUGUGCCGCAACAGAUCUGCCCUCUGGUGAGCUCUUGGUCACCUUCCAGGCCAACGGCAUCCAGUUCUCUCAAGAUCAGUACGUGGAUCUGCCCCAAGGCCUGGACUCUCUGACUAGACAAGUCACUGUUCCUAUACAACAACCAACCACAGAUAAAAGGUUUACCUGCCAGAUUGAAAGCCAGUCUGGACGGUGGAAAUCUGAUUCUACAGGAAACAUUUUUGGUGACCCUUCAGUGGAACUUUCAGUUGUUUCCGGUGUGGAUACAAAAGGAUCAGAGACUCAAAAACUUCUUUGCUCUGGAAUUGGACUUAACCCAAAAAUCACUUGGAACCCUGCAGCUGGGAAUAAUGCUCAUAUCGCCAGAACAAUGGAAGCAGAUGGCCGUGUUAAAGUGGUCAGUGAGAUAACUGUUCCACAGCCAGACUGGAAUAAUGGAAAUACAUUUACCUGCCAAGUCAAGGAUCCUACUAGCAACCAAUUUUUCAAGAACAGCACCAGUAUUUGCUCAGUGACUCCAGAUUUUGCUCAGAAGGCACAGGUCUACAUUCUAGCACCAUCCAUCAGUGAUUUGAAAGCGAAUAAUAAUAAUAAUAAGGUUUCUGUCACCUGUCUGCUGCUGGGCCACAGGCUCAAUGCCUUUUCCAUUACUUGGAAAGUAGAAAAUGCCAUUUCCACUCAGGAUGUGACCAGAGAGGCUCCCAGAGUCCACAUCAAUGGAACAGAGAGUCUCCAAAGUGUCCUAAAGGUUCAGACUACAGAAUGGAACAAUUACAAGACUGUUUCUUGUGAGGUCAAACACUUCUGCUCCAAAGACUCAAAACAAUACAACAUCUCCAAAAUCAGAGAACCUCAGAAAACUCCUACAGUGGUUAUCAGGAGGAAUCUUGCAGACAUACAGAAGGAACACACCAUAGUGUUGGAGUGUGCCGCAACAGAUCUGCCCUCUGGUGAGCUCUUGGUCACCUUCCAGGCCAACGGCAUCAAGUUAUCUCAAGAUCAGUACGUGGAUCUGCCCCAAGGCCUGGACACUCUGACUAGACAAGUCACUGUUCCUAUACAACAACCAACCACAGAUAAAAGGUUUACCUGCCAGAUUGAAAGCCAGUCUGGACGGUGGAAAUCUGAUUCUACAGGAAACAUUUUUGGUGACCCUUCAGUGGAACUUUCAGUUGUUUCCGGUGUGGAUACAAAAGGAUCAGAGACUCAAAAACUUCUUUGCUCUGGAAUUGGACUUAACCCAAAAAUCACUUGGAACCCUGCAGCUGGGAAUAAUGCUCAUAUCGCCAGAACAAUGGAAGCAGAUGGCCGUGUUAAAGUGGUCAGUGAGAUAACUGUUCCACAGCCAGACUGGAAUAAUGGAAAUACAUUUACCUGCCAAGUCAAGGAUCCUACUAGCAACCAAUUUUUCAAGAAGAACACCAGUAUUUGCUCAGUGACUCCAGAUUUUGCUCAGAAGGCACAGGUCUACAUUCUGGCACCAUCCAUCAGUGAUUUGAAAGCGAAUAAUAAUAAGGUUUCUGUCACCUGUCUGCUGCUGGGCCACAGGCUCAAUGCCUUUUCCAUUACUUGGAAAGUAGAAAAUGCCAUUUCCACUCAGGAUGUGACCAGAGAGGCUCCCAGAGUCCACAUCAAUGGAACAGAGAGUCUCCGAAGUGUCCUAAAGGUUCAGACUACAGAAUGGAACAAUUACAAGACUGUUUCUUGUGAGGUCAAACACUUCUGCUCCAAAGACUCAAAACAAUACAACAUCUCCAAAAUCAGAGAGCCUAAAAAACCCACCGUCCAAAUUCUCAGUCCUAGUGACGACGAACUGUCUGGAAAGGGCAAAGGAGCUCUUCUCUGCUUGAUCAAGGACUUUCAACCUGCUGAAAUCUCUGUGCACUGGGAGCUGAAUGUCAAGCGGCUGGAUGCAUCUCACUUCACCAACAGUCCAGUCGGCAUGCACUCCGAGAGUGGUGGUUAUUCCAUGCAUAGCACACUGACGCUAACAUCAAAAAUGGAGGAUGGCACUUUUUCUUGUGUGGUUAUCCACGAGUCGUCUGACACGCCAAUCAAAGGCACAAUAAAAAACAUAUACGCCUCUAUAAAGCAACAGGAACCCUCUGUGAAGCUGCUUAACAAUCAAAAUGAGCUGUUGUGUCUGGUGUAUGAUUACAGCCCAUCUGCCAUUAACAUCACCUGGCUCCAAAAUAGUGUUAAUUUAACACAUGGGAACAGAACCAGCAGCCCUGCCAAAGGGUCUGAUGGAAAAUUCAGCAUUCAAAGCCACCUCUAUGUCCAGGCCUCAGAAUGGGCACCUGGAGACACAUACACUUGCCAGGUUGAGCACAUCACUGGCACCACCACUCACUCCAUCUCCAAAACAGAAUUUAUUGAAGAGUCAAUAUACUUUGAUGAGAACAAGUCUGAAGCUGCAUCACUGGAUCAGUCUGAGGAAACCUGGAACAUGGCCUGUGCCUUCAUCAUACUCUUCAUUAUCUCUCUCAUCUAUGGAUGUUCAAUGACUCUGGUCAAAGUAAAGGCUGCUUGAUCAGUUAUUUAGAAAGUUUAGAUUAAUCUAAUGCUUUUUUUUUUGCUGUAUUGCAUUUGCUUAAAUGAAAAAUUGAUGGAUUUUGUUUUUCAAAUAAAGGAUAUAUAUUCAUGUUUUAUCAA